AGCUCGCGCCUCGCGCCCAGACGGCGGCGGCGAUGGCCCCGGCGCCGGAGCCCCGGUUCUUCAGCUGGGAGGAGGUGGGCCGCCGGUCGGGGCGGGAGCCGGAGCGGUGGCUGGUGAUCGACAGGAAGGUCUACGACAUCAGCGAGUUCAGCCGGCGGCACCCGGGGGGAGCCCGGGUCAUCAGCCACUACGCGGGGCAGGAUGCCACGGAUCCCUUCGUGGCCUUCCACAUCAACAAGGCCCUGGUACGCAAGUAUAUGAGUUCCCUGCUGAUUGGGGAGCUGGCUCCGGACCAACCCAGUUUCGAACCCAGCAAGAAUAAAGAACUGGUGGAUGAGUUCCGCGCUCUUCGGACAACUGUGGAGCAGAUGGGGCUCUUGAAGGCCAGCAAGGUCUUCUUCCUGCUGUACCUGCUGCACAUCCUUCUGCUGGACGUGGCUGCCUGGCUGAUCCUCUGGUUCUUUGGGACAUCCCCGAUGCCCUUCCUUGUCUGUGCUCUGUUACUCAGUGCCGUCCAGGCCCAGGCCGGGUGGCUGCAGCAUGACUUCGGUCACCUGUCGGUCUUCAGCAAGUCUCGAUGGAACCACUUGUUUCAGAAGUUCGUCAUCGGCCAUCUGAAGGGGGCACCUGCCAGCUGGUGGAAUCACCUACACUUCCAGCACCACGCCAAGCCCAACUGCUAUCGUAAAGACCCGGACAUCAACAUGCACCCCUUGCUCUUUGCUCUGGGGAAAGUUCUGUCUGUGGAGCUCGGUGUGCAGAAGAAGAAGUACAUGCCUUACAACCAUCAGCACAAAUACUUCUUCCUUAUUGGACCCCCCGCCCUGUUGCCCGUCUACUUCCAGUGGUAUAUCUUCUACUUUGUCAUCCAGCGCAAGAAGUGGGUGGAUCUGGCCUGGAUGAUCUCCUUCUACGUCCGCUUCUUCUUCACCUAUGCGCCCCUGCUGGGAUUGAAAGGCUUUGUGGGGCUCUUCUUCCUGGUCAGGUUCUUGGAGAGCAACUGGUUUGUGUGGGUGACACAGAUGAACCACAUCCCCAUGCACAUUGACCGUGACCGGAAUAUGGAUUGGGUCUCCACCCAGCUCCAGGCGACGUGUAACGUGCACGAGUCGCCCUUCAAUGACUGGUUCAGCGGGCACCUCAACUUCCAGAUUGAGCAUCACCUUUUCCCUACGAUGCCCAGGCAUAAUUAUCGUAAAGUGGCCCCACUGGUGAAGUCUCUGUGUGCCAAGCAUGGUGUGGUCUACAAGUCCAAGCCCCUGUUCACCGCCUUCGCUGACAUUGUUCACUCACUGAAGGAGUCGGGGGAACUGUGGCUGGACGCCUACCUUCACAAAUAACCAGCAGCCUCUAAAGGAAGAGGAAAAAGAGGAGGGAAACCUGGAGCCAAGAACAGCAGAAGACGAAGGACUGGGCCGCUUUCAAUCUAGUUUCCAAUGGGGGGCAGGGAUUUGGAACCGGGAAUCUACCCUACCCGUUUUCCCCUCUUUCGGUUUCGGGCACAGAAAUGGUGACUGGUCGGGAAAGGUAGUGGAGACCCCGCUGGGGAAGAAGAACCAUCGGACUAAGAGCGACGGCCCAGCCGUGUGCCGGAACGGCAGAGCUGGAGAAUGGGUUGGUUGGAAACCAAGAAGGUGGGAGCUGGGAGGGCAGAAGAGAGGGGGAUUUAGUGGAGUCUAGGAGAGCAGGAGGUAGAAAUGAAGACGAGCACCGCAUCUUACUCGCCAGAGCCGGAGAGACGAAGCAACGCCUCGGACUGAGGAGCAAGGAUCUGUCAGACUUCUUCCCAGACUGGAGGGAGAAAGGAAGCCCCAGUGGGGUUGGUGCCUAGGACGUGGGCUACUCCCAGUGGAAAUCCCGUGAGCAGAACGCUUCGCACCCAGUUCUCUGGGGUGGCCGCCAAGCUAGCCGGAGCCAGGGCCCGAGACGGCGGCCCUCAAGGCUCGGCUGAAGGGCGGAGAACUGGGAGCUCCGACUCUGCCGAGGAGACCAAGUUGAGGUGACAGUCCUGAACCAGCCUCGAGCAUCGUGGAAAAUAAGUUGCUUCUCGUGUCCUCAGGAGCACGGAGAUCAGCUCGCUGGACUCUCGGCCAAACGGCUGAGCGCUAAACCCGACAAACCUUUCGGGUCAGAGGUCCGUGGCUCCGUCUCCCUCCCUCCCGGUUGGAGGCGAGCAAAGCUGUUGGUGUCUGAAAAACCCCUUUUCUUCUCCUCCCGACUCCCUCUUCUCGUUCACACCCCCUAACGUGCGCCUCAGUCGCCCAAGAGACAAAGCUGCCGAGAGUAGGUAGGGAUGUGGGUUGGCCGCAAUAGGGGGCCAGAUCCUGGCAGCCAGAUCCCCCUGCAUCCUGGCGGUUUGUGGUCUUGGCCAACUGAAGGUGCAAGGCAGCCCCCCUUCCAGGUGAAGAGGGAUCGGUUUUCCCCUUAUUUCCUCAAGCACCCAUUUCAUGAAUUCAUUACACAGACAAAUCAUGGUAAAGGCCCAGGCACAAAGCUGAGAACUCUCAUCCCCCCCUUGCUGCGAGGCAGGCAAGGUUUACUUGAAACAACAAAGAGGGCAUUAAACAGUGUGAACACCUUCCAGACCAGGAAUCGAGUCCCAGAAAAACGCGCUCAUCGUUUCCUUCAAGUGAUAUGGAAACCUCAUUGGUCUCACCCUUUGAGGGCCUCAGUGAAGUUGUCUUAAUGAAACUUGUCCCUAGAGGCGAGGCCUGAAGGACUGAGCAUAGCAAACAUGGGUUGGGAAAUCUGUUUUUCACGCUACCUGUCACCGAAAGAACAUAAGAAAUGCAAUCCGGAGGCAGACCAAAGGUCCCUCUAGCUCAGUAUUCUUGGGGACAGGCCCUUCCCUCCCCCCCCCCCCCCCCAAAAAAUCCUUGGAAGAUCAGUGUGAUAAGUGCUCUUCUAGCUAGCCAUCCUCGUGGUUAGGGCGGGGAACGUGUCCGCUAACUCCGUUGUGCUCUCUGAAGCAUUUAGUACAGUGCUCUGCACAUAGUAAGCAAUCAUUAAAUACCAUUGAUGCUCAUGACGAUGAUGAAUGUAUUUUCUAACGUGGCCGGCUUUUCCCUCUAACCCCCCUCCACCGUGACCUCCCCCCUUCCUUGGACCAGGGUAGAGAUGGUCACCCACCCCGCCCGUAAAACUGGGCAGAACCAAGGGGAAAAGCCCUGGAAUUAAGAGGGGAAAGCGAUGAUUUCUGAGCUGGUAGUCUCACCUCCCACAAAAAAAUGGUCAGCAUGAGGGUACCCCUAAGUUUUCAUUUUCAGGUUUAGAAUCGAAGGGUCAUCUUGAUGAGACAUUAUAUUACGCUGCUAAAGGUUGAGAACUUACUAUGUGUGUACAACCGUCCUAGGUAGCAAAAUUUUGUAGAGAGGUGGGCAUAUUAGAAUCCUGACACAAAGAAAGCACACAGAGGUUGAUUUGGAGCUAUGAAAUAAAGGUGGAUCCUAUAAAGUUA